GUCAUCCAGCAUAUUGGUUACGAUGACUCGCAGAAAGGAUUUGACUAUAAGACCUGUAACGUGCUGGUAGCCCUGGAGCAGCAGUCACCUGACAUCGCUCAGGGAGUUCAUAUCGAUCGCAUGGAGAGCGAAAUCGGAGCUGGAGACCAGGGUCUGAUGUUUGGAUACGCCACAGAUGAGACAGAGGAGUGCAUGCCCCUCACCAUAGUCCUCGCCCACAAACUCAACGCUAAGCUGGCCGAGCUGAGACGAAAUGGAACGGUCCCCUGGCUCCGCCCAGACUCAAAGACACAGGUAACGGUUCAUUACGCCCAGGAAAAUGGCGCUGUGAUCCCCAAAAGAGUGCACACUGUGGUGAUCUCCGUGCAGCACGAUGAUAACGUGUGUGUGGAGGAACAGAAGAAGGUGCUGAAGGAAAAGGUCAUCAAAGCCGUGGUGCCUUCACGCUACCUGGACGAGGACACCGUCUAUCACCUGCAGCCCAGCGGACGCUUUGUGAUUGGAGGGCCGCAGGGUGAUGCAGGAGUGACGGGCAGGAAAGUCAUCGUGGACACGUACGGUGGUUGGGUGGCGUAUGCGAUUGGAGUGGCCCACCCGCUCUCCAUCUCCCUGUUCACCUACGGCUCCUCUCCAAAGAGCGAGAAGGAGCUUCUGCAGAUCGUCAAUAAAAACUUCGACCUCAGACCUGGAGUCAUAGUCAGAGACCUGGACCUAAAGAGACCAAUCUACCAGAAAACGGCGUGCUACGGACACUUUGGCAGGAAGAAGUUUCCCUGGGAGGUCCCGAAGAACCUCAACUUCUAGUGUGUGUGUGUGUGUGUGUGUGUGGUGGAGUCCAUAUGGCCUUUGUUCACUGGUCUGAGUCUGAGGUGUGGGUGGGUCAGAGGUGUUCCAGCUGUAGGCAACAAAGUCCCUAAAUGACAACUCUGAAGCGUGAGAGAUAUUUACACUUUAAAUCUAAACUGUUAAAGAAAAAAAAUAAACUGAGUGGAUGACCAAAUUUUAAAGGAGAAAAACGGUGCAUGGGUCAUGUCUUAAGAGUUUCAGUGAGUUUUUGAAGAGCCUGUGGGGAUUCUGCACGUGUUUGAGGUUUUCUCGGUUGCGGUGGCUCUGAUCUCAAAUGACAAUAACUUCAGAAAUUGAUACGUGCGCUCGUUUAUGACUAUUUCAGUGACAAACUCUGACAGUCAGCUAAACCUCUUUGAAUAAUUUUUAUCACAAGCGUCUCAGUUUUGCCUGGAUAAAAAUUAACUUCCAUCCACCCAAUUAAGGGUCACUGGGGGGCUGGAGCCUUUUCCAGCUACUAUAGGGCGAG